AUGGAGCAUCGAGAGUCUGAUAUUAUUUUAUCAGAUUUUACUAAUGAAAGUAAAAAGGAAAAAGUAUUUCGAUUCAUAAUGAUAAUCCUAAUCAUCAUGUGUCCGAUAAUAUUGGUGUUCUGUUUUUUGGUUGUGAAACAAUAUAAACGAGCUGUGAUAUUUCGCUUCGGUAGAGUGAGAAAGGACAGUCCCGCAGGCCCUGGCGUCAUAUGGAUAGUGCCGUGCAUCGACAAAAUUGUCUACAUCGAUUUGAGAACACAAUCUUUUAAUUUACCUGAACAGGAGAUACUUACGAAGGACUCCGUAACCGUUAUUGUGAACGCUGUGGUAUACUGUCACGUGCAGAAACCCCUACUCUGCAUUCUCAACGUGGACUAUUAUCUAAAUGCCACAGAAUUAACAGCAGUAUCAAUUCUAAGAAAUAUUAUGGGACAGUAUACUCUAACGGAACUAUUAUCUAACCGUAUCAACAUCAGUCGAACGGCGAGAGCAGAGAUAGAUAAUGUUACCAACGAAUGGGGCGUAACAACAGAGAGAAUUGAAAUAAAAGAUGUCAUAUUACCUUGUGAACUUCAAAAGGCAAUGGCAGCUGAAGCAGAAGGCACUCGAAUAGCGAAAGCAAAGAUAAUCGAAGCACAAGGGGAAAUAAAAGCAGCGGAAAAUCUCAGAGACGCAUCUCGAAUAAUGGUGGACAAUCCACAGAUAAUGCUCUUAAGGUAUUUGCAAACGCUGAACUACAUCGCUUCCCAGCAACAAACUUCAAUAAUAUUCCCGUUCCCGCUCGAUCUACCAGAACCUCCGAAGUCCAGAACUAGCGUGGCCUUUUAUAGUAAGUCCAGUAGUUUUGUAGUUCUCUCCUACAAAGGGGUGGGGGGGGGGCGGAGGGUGCUACAUGGGUACGCCCGAGUAGCCCUCCGCAGCGGACGGGGGGCGGUACGGUGGGCACUAGGCCGCGUAUUCAGCUCCCAAGCGCGGGCCAUCCGCACGUCUGCGGCGUCCCCGUAAUACCUCGGGAGACCCCUGCCGUGGAGCGCCGGCGAGGCCGGGAAGCUGCUGGGUGCUCAGUCGUGGAAGAAUCCCUAAACGGGGACUCCGCGGCUUCGUAUAAAGCAGUGUAG